UUAACAUAAUGUACCAGCGGCUAUAAAACACCUAGGUGUGUUUUAAGGUUUCCGAGCAGCACUUGAGCGCACCUGUAGCUGAGCUCGCGCUGCUGCAGCCUAAUAAACAAUGAGUCCGAACGAAGCGCGAGCCGCUGCUUUAAAGUUUCCCCUCAGAGAACCUGCUGCCCGCAGAGCUCAGCAGCACCUGUGCUAACUGGGAGCUUCCAGAUCACUUAAAUGGAGCUAGAGGACCAAUGGUGGAAGGGGCAAGUUGCUGCAGAUAUUUACCAGGCGCUCAGAUAUAAAGAGCUCAAACUGCCCUCCUACAAAGGCCAGUCCCCUCAGCUGAACCUCAGAAGAUACUUUGCAGACCUGAUCGCCAUCAUCAGCAACCGCUUCCAGCUUUGUCCCACAGCCAGACACCUGGCCGUCUACCUGCUGGACCUCUUCAUGGACCGCUACGAUGUCACGGUGCAGCAGCUUCACAUGGUUUCUCUUUCCUGUCUCGUUCUGGCAUGUAAGUUUGAGGAAAGGGAGGACCGUGUGCCAAAGCUGGAAACCUUAAACGGCCUGGGAUGCAUGAGCUCCAUGAACCUAGUCCUGACCAGGCAGGGUUUACUCCACAUGGAGCUGCUUCUGCUGGAAACGUUCAACUGGAAUUUGUACCUUCCCACAGCAGCUCAUUUCAUCGACUACUAUUUGUCUAUUGCCGUCUUGGCUGGAGAUCUGCAUGAUGGCUGGCCAAUGGCCAGUCUGGAGAAGACUAAGCUGUAUAUGAACAAGUAUGCCGACUACUUCCUAGAAGUCUCCUUGCAAGAUCACUUCUUUUUGUGUUUUACCCCCUCGCUGGUGGCUGCUGCCUGCCUGUCCGCAUCGCGCCUCAUCCUCCACCUCUCCCCAAGCUGGCCGCCCCGACUGCAGUGCCUCACGGGCUACCCAUGGGAGAACCUCAUGCCGUGUGUAGAGAAACUACUUAUUGCCCAUGACAGUGAUUUAAAAGAGGCCAACAAGCAGAAGUGCCAACAGCAGCAACAGCAGCAGGGCCAAACAGCGUUCCACAGCUCUGGCCAGCAGGCCACUGUGACACAGUACCUCCAACUCCCCUCCAUGCAGUACCCUCAGAAAGCUGCGAACCACAGGUCUGGGUCCUACCUCAGCCACUCGACUAGCAGCUUGCAGGGUCCCAAUGGACCCCAGCAUAGCGCCACACAAGCCGCUGCCACUUCCACAGAGUCCAAGCCUAGCGUUCCCAGCAGGUCUUACCCAGUGAGCAUGCACUACAGCUACACUGCACCGUGCUAUGACGCCUGAUCGCCACAUUUUCAAAUUGCUAGAGAACCAGAUGUAACAGUUAGAUUUGCUUGAACGUGCAACAUCUUGUUUUUAAUUUCUAGAGACUAGAUCAGAUUUGUGCAGCACCUUAAGUCGUUCGGGUGCUCCACAGUGUGCAGCAUGUCAACUCUGCUUUGGUUUGCAGAGCACAGCUUGCAUGAGGAUGUUUCUUUUCUUAAUGUUUGAGAUAAAAAGAGUGAAUGUUGUUUGUGAGGUGCUUUCCAUGCACCGUUUUGCACCCAUUACUGCUGCAGACCAGAAAGACUUGUGUUCAUUUUAUGCCAAAGUAUACCUGAAGUAGUAAUUGACCAGUGCUGCAAGUUAAGA